GUUUUCACAAGAGGACCUUCGUGUGGCCAGUUUAUUUGGUGUAUAGUUUUUAUUUAUUUAUUUAUAGUCUACACUGAAGCAGUGAAACUUCAGAAAAAAUAUAUUGUAGUUGCUUCAUCAAUAUGUCCGUGGUUUGUCAAGUAUGGUAUGGCAACCAUGUACUUUACUGCAGAGUUGACGGCAUCGAUUAUGCGGUACUCAUCACUGAAAAUAUUUGCUUCAUUGUCAACCCAAUCUCUGCUUGAUAAAUCCCCAAGAAGCUUGUGCGGCUGAAAUUGCUGCACAAUGAUGGCAUACAUUUGCUACCCAUCCAUCCAUUGCUUUUGGUCACUGGUGGUCACUGCCUCACUGGUCACCCCUCAACUCACCAGCAGACAGACGGGUGUAACCAAAGAUAAGGUACGCGACAGACAUGGCGUGGCCACUGCUCCAGGUCCUGCUCAUCGCCGCCGCCACCACCGCGGCGGCGUCGUCCUCAGGGACGACGCCUGACGGGCCGGCGCCAUGGCCGGAGCAGUUCCACGCGGUGCUGUUCACGAACCUGACCAACGUCUCGAUCGCGUCGACGGGCCCGCCGCUCCGGCUGCACGACCUCUACUACGACUGGCCGCGGCGGCGCAACCUGAACCUGAUCCGGCACCAGCUGUCGGGCGACCCGCUGUACGACGUGGAGUGGAACAACGGCACCACCUUCUACUUCGACACGGCGACGUGCCGCACGCUGCAGGUCGCCGUCGGCGUGCUCCCCCCGGGGUGGCUCGGCGGCGCCGCCUACCUCGGCCGUGAGACCACCGGCGGGAUCGACUGCCACGUCUGGGGCAAGGCAGGGUUCAUCGUCUACUACGAGGAUGCGCUCACGCGCCGCCCCGUCCGCUGGAACUUUCUUGACGUGACGGGGAUACAGCAGUUCGUGAUGAGCUUCGAGGUGGGCGUGGUGCUGGAAGAGGACGACCAGUGGCAGGCGCCCGCGCACUGCUUCCUGGACGACGAAGCCAACGAGGAUGACGAUCAUGUCGCUAUUUCGAAUGGCGUCAUGGACGCGGCCAGGCUAUUUCGCAACUUUGCUGGAGCUGCCGCCGCCUACUGAUAUGACUGAAUACGAAUAUGUGGUGUGUCUUGUAUUAGUAUUUGUUUUUGAUAAAUGUUACAGUAAUACUAGACUUACGAAUAAGGAAAGCAUUUUGAAAA